CCUUCACUUCCUGUAGUUUUGACACAACAGCAGCGGACUAUCAGCAGUUAGCACUUAGCAGACAUUUCACUUGUAAGUUCGCGGUAGUAUUCAACUUACGAUGUCGGAAAACAUGUCUGCAGAGGUGGAGCGAUCAGAAAGAUCAGAUGGCAAGCUUGUGAAGAUGGAGGUUGACUACAGUUCAACUGUAGAUACACGUCUACCGGAGUGUGCCAAAAUGGCAAAAGUAAGUUGAGUAUGAAUGAGGCCAGCGCUGGCUGAGUCAUUGUGCUUCAACACGAAUGUUAGCAACAUCGCUAGUUAGCUAACGGAAACUUGUUAGCAAAUAAAGUGCUGUUUGUAAUAAUAGGCAACAUUGCGACUGUAUUAUAACAAAGUAUCACACAUAUUGAGUCGGUUUACUUGUAAGGUAUACAUCUUGAUUAGUUAGUUAUGUGGCUACUGUAAUUGUUUUUGUCAGGGAGCGUCUCUAGCUACCUAGGCUACAGACUGUAGUACAGUAGCUUCGCUCUUGGUGUUGUGUUAUGCUAGCUAGCUGGUUGGUCUUUUCAGUCGGAUUUUAGACUAUCAACCAACUACUAUAGUUAGCUAACGUAGGUACCACAGUUAUUGUUUUUCGAAGACCCCUUUACUUUAGUUAGAAAUAUGCUAACGUUAUAGCUAGCUAGCUAGUGAAGUUUUAAUCGUCAAAGCUGACAGAUGUGUUGUUGUUGACAUCUUUGGCUUUCCCAAACCAGACUGAUCAUCAAUGACAUUAUGGAUGAUACAGUUUUCAAUAGUAUUUUUGGUCAUCCAUCUCGCAAUUUCAUCAUGUGUGGUCAUUAAAUUGAUCUUUGUAAGAAUUGUCUGUCAUUUGUCCUGACUGUAAGAUGUAUCUCCUCUCUUCUAGGAAGGUAGGCUGCAGGAGGCCGUUGAAAGCCUCUUGUCGCUGGAGAAGCAAACAAGAACGGUGAGCGUGAAUUCAUUCAUUCAUUAAUUUCUAAUUAAACAUCACACUCAUUUAGAUUAAACGGUGAUCAUACUCCUCUGACUAAUCACAUAGCUAUCUUUGUGAGUAACAUUGUCGUCUUUUUAUCCAUCCACACAGGCUUCUGACAUGGUGUCAACCUCCAGAAUCCUGGUGGCCAUUGUGCAAAUGUGCUAUGAAGCGAAGGACAUGGAUGCCCUGAAUGAAAACAUCAUGCUGCUCUCUAAAAGGAGGAGUCAGCUCAAAGGGGUGAGACUUGGGGCUCCUUCUUUGAAUGGGUACUAAGGGAAGGGAAAACAUUGAGGCAGGGGUGUAUUCAUUAGUGCAACGCAAUAAAAGUUUCUACUGGACAAAUUAAUGUAGGUCCAGUUUCGUUCUGUUUGGUUUAUCGUGAACACACCCCAGGUGUGCACCAGUAGGUUAAGGUGCUUUGCCAUCAAAACAAAGUUUUCUUCAGUAAAGUGUUGACUGAUGUUAGAUCUUUUGAUAUUGAACCUUCUCUUUUGCUUUGUUUCUCUCUACUCAGGCUGUUGCUAAGAUGGUGCAAGAAUGUUACAAGUAUGUAGAUACCGUGACCGACUUGACCAUUAAGCUGAGACUCAUUGACACACUACGCACAGUGACCGCUGGCAAGGUACAUGGUGUCAUGAACUUCUCUGAUUAGCCUUACUUGGAUCAUCCUAAAAUGACAUUAAGAUGAUACCACCAAUCAUGCAUAUUCAGAUAGCCUAAAACAUUUUUUGUACUCUUGUGGGCCUAAGUAAUGUCUCCAUGCAAUUCAAAUGCGCUAAUGGCUUUGUUUCCCUCACUCAGAUCUAUGUGGAGAUUGAGCGGGCCAGGCUGACCAAAACAUUGGCAAACAUCAAGGAGCAGCAUGGCGAGGUCAAAGAGGCCGCAGCAAUCCUCCAAGAGCUGCAGGUAAGAGUAAUAGGGCUUUCGCUGGCAUUCCUUGGCAGCUUUCACAAUUUCUUAUAGACUGGAGGUAAGCGGUUUCAACCAUCCAUGUUACAUAAAGCUAUUUGACUUACUGGACUGAAUCGUUAGACACAAGUGCAGAACUCAAACUGGCGGCCAAAUCCCCUUGACAUCAAAUAAAAGGAUAUUUUUAAAAAAUUUUCAACUUCAUAUUCAUCAUCUCCAGCACCACCCCAACAUCAACAUCAUUAAAACUUGUUUUUCAACCACUCCACAAAUUUCUUGUUAACAAACUAUAGUUUUGGCAAGUCGGUUAGGACAUCUACUUUGUGCAUGACACACGUAAUUUUUCCAACAAUUGUUUACAGACAGAUUAUUUCACUUAUAAUUCACUGUAUCACAAUUCCAGUGGGUCAGAAGUUUACAUACACUAAGUUGACUGUGCCUUUAAACAGCUUGGAAAAUUCCAGAAAAUGAUAUCAUGGCUUUAGAAGCUUCUGAUAGGCCAAUUGAUGUGUGAAAAGUGCAAAUCAAUCCCAGAGCAACAGCAAAGGACCUUGUGAAGAUGCUGGAGGAAACGGGUACAAAAGUAUCUAUAUCCACAGUAAAACGAGUCCUAUAUCGACAUAACCUGAAAGGCCGCUCAGCAAGGAAGAAGCCACUGCUCCAAAACCGCCAUAAAAAAGCCAGACUACUGUUUGCAACGGCACAUGGGGACAAAAAUCGUACUUUUUGGAGAAAUGUCCUCUGGUCUGAUGAAACAUAAAUAGAACUGUUUGGCCAUAAUGACCAUCGUUAUGUUUGGAGGAGAAAGGGGGUGCCUUGCAAGCCGAAGAACACCAUCCCAACUGUGAAGCACGGGGGUGGCAGCAUAAUGCUGUGGGGGUGCUUUGCUGCAGGAGGGACUGGUGCCCUUCACAAAAUAGAUGGCAUCAUGAGGAAGGAAAAUUAUGUGGAUAUAUUAAAGCAACAUCUCAAGACAUCAGUCAGGAUGUUAAAGCUUGGUCGCAAAUGGGUCUUCCAAAUGGACAAUGACCCCAAGCAUACUUCCAAAGUUGUGGCAAAAUGGCUUAAGGUCAGCAAAGUCAAGGUAUUGGAGAGGCCAUCACAAAGCCCUGACCUCAAUCCUAUAGAAAAUGUGUGGGCAGAACUGAAAAAGCGUGUGCGAACAAGGAGGCCUACAAGCCUGACUCAGUUACACAAGCUGUGUCGGGAGGAAUGGGCCAAAAUUCACCCAACUUAUUGUGGGAAGCUUGUGGCAGGCUACCUGAAAUGUUUGACCCGAGUUAAAUAAUUUAAAGGCAAUGAUACCAAAUACUAAUUGAGUGUAUGUAAACUUCUGAUCCACUGGGAAUGUGAUGAAAGAAAUAAAAGCUGAAAGAAAUAAUUCUCUACUAUUAUUCUGACAUUUCACAUUCUUAAAAUAAAGUGGUGAUCCUAACUGACCUAAGACAGGGAAUUUUUACUAGGAUUAAAUGUCAGGAAUUGUGAAAAACUGAGUUUAAAUGUAUUUGACUAAGGUGUAUGUAAACUUCUGACUUCAACUGUAUGUGAAAAUGGCAUGUUUCUAUGUUUUGUAGUAAAAAAGAUAGAAGAAGAUAAGUGCUUCCAAUGACAUCAUCGGUGUGCAUUGUGUGAUUUGAACCAAUUAUGAGUAGACAUUGCCUACUAAUUGGUGGAUGAUGUCAUUGGAAACACUUAUCUUCCUACUACAAAACAUAGAAACGCAUAGGGGUGUAACGAUUCGUUUUAACAACGAUUCGAUUUGUAUCACGAUUCGUGGUUGUCGAUAUGAUUCAAGGACGAUAUUGGUUAAUUUAGAACGAUACGAUCCGAAACGAUUCAGUGACUUGAAAUCGAUUCAGUAACCUUUUAGCCAAAAAUUCAACCAGUGUGACUGAAAUAAAUACCUGGAUACUGGACAGUGCAGGUGAAGUUUCCUAGAUUCCUGUUUCUUGUAAGGACCGCAAUGGUGGCUUGAUAAUUUCUCGCUCGUCGGCUUCUCCUCUGUCGUCCGCCAUGCUAUGUUUUGUUGUCUUUGCGCCUUUGCGCUGCUGCUGUCACGGAUAGGCAGACUGAAUCGAGUAAUGUUUAAAGCCUUUAUCAUUAAAAGUGCUAAGAAAAAACAUCCAUAUAAAGUCUGACGUGCUUAAAUCCAAGGGGUUAUUUCCUAGUAUCGAUACAAUCGAUUUAUUACAUUUUAAAACGAUGUUAGAUUGAUAUGUUGUCCAAAAGGCCAACUCGCCGAGCACAGAUCGAUGUAGUUGGAUCAUAGGAAUAUAAAUCGAUACAUCGAUGUAGUAGAUGGAUCGUUACACCCCUAGAAACGCACCAUUUUCACAUAGGUUGAUGUUGGGGUGGUGCUGGAGAUGAUGAAUAUGAAGUUAAAAAACGGUGACAUUUCCCUUUAAUCAUUUCAGUGAAAGUUGUCUGAGACACCAUAAUUAUUCUAAAUAAAAUCUAGUGUCUAUGAAGUGUUAUGCCCUCCAUCAGUAUGUCCUUAUUGAGUGCAGAACCACUACAACAGUUGUUCACAAACCAUUAUUCUCCCGGUCCAGGCUGUGAUGUAGCACAGCUGGGCCGUGUUCAGUAGGCACAAAAUGGAGUGGUAUUAUCUGAACUUGCCGAAUGAGUAACGUUUUGCUACGACGUGCCCUAAUGAACACGACCCAGGGCUAGAGUAUAACAUUCUGCCUCUGACAACAUGCACUUUCACCCUACAGGUGGAGACUUACGGCUCCAUGGAGAAGAAAGAGAAGGUGGAGUUCAUCCUGGAGCAAAUGAGGCUGUGCAUCGCCGUCAAGGACUACAUCCGCACCCAGAUCAUCAGCAAGAAGAUCAACACCAAGUUCUUUACAGAGGACGGCACUGAGGUGAGAGAAGCGAGCAAAGCCAAAGAGUUUAUUCAGGCUGGGUGUUAUGAUAUGGACUCCCUCCCAAAUGGCCCCCUAUUUCCUAUAUAGUGCACUGCUUUUCACAAGGGCCCAUAGGGCUCUGGGUGUGUUAUGUAGGGAAUAGGGUGCCAUUUGGGACGCAACCAUGGUUUUGUCUAUUGGGGAGGAGGAACUACCUAAACAUUUAAUGUUCCAAUCAGAACGUUCACUUUCGUUUCCUGACAAAAUAUUGAAAUCUGGUUUUCUUUUUGGCUGUUUAGAAAAAAUUACUGUUUUGUUUUGGCUGUCUACGUUGGUCCCGAUGAACAAUCAUAGCAUUUAAGAACCAAGCUGCAAUAUUAUUAACCAUUUACGUCAUUCUUUUUCCUUAGGAGUCUAAGCUGAAGUAUUACAAUCUGAUGAUCCAAGUAGACCAGCACGAGGGAUCUUACUUGUCCAUCUGCAAACACUACCGUGCCAUCUACGAUACCCCCUGCAUUCUGGAGGAUGGCUCCAAAUGGCAACAGGUAAACACUGGUCUCGGAAGACUGUUUUAGGCUUCAGGAUGAUAGUCUUUUGAUAUGAUUUGAUGCCUUUUAAAGGCACAAGCUGUAGAUUUUGUUUCUGGAAAAAUAUUGCUCUGGCAGCAGGAGCUGGUGGGAGGGUCUUAGCGAGUGUACUGCACACUGAUUGGCGUAAAUGGAACUAAGAUUGGGUCUGCCUUCACAGGGGACUAAGAUGUUACAGAUUGCACAUUUUAAAAUGCAUAACAAUAUAACUCGAAUGUUCUUUCUUGUUCCAGGCCCUGAAAAGUGUUGUGCUGUACGUGAUACUGGCUCCUUAUGACAAUGAGCAGUCCGACCUGGUGCACAGAAUCAACGAAGACAAGAAAUUGGAAGAAAUCCCCAAAUACAAGUAAGACAUUCAAUCACAUUAUAUUCCCAAGGGGGGCCAGUAUGAAGAAAAAAAAUGUAUGCACUCACUAACUGUAAGUCGCUCUGGAUAAGAGCGUCUGCUAAAUGACUAAAAUGUAAAAUGUAAAUGUAAUUCAUGUGCUUUCAUUUCUCCCCUCAAAUACCAAGAAUGUAAUCUAGCGUCGAUGGUUCAUUCCUUAAAAUCUUCAAUGGUAUAACACGUUAUUUCUCAUCAGCAAUGCCAAAAUAUUCCUCAUCAGAAGAAUGUAACCUCGAGAUGAUUAAUUCGUAAAAAUCUUAGUAUUCAAUACUGUUUCACAAUAUUCCUCAUCACCCUAGCACAUCAUCCAAUUCUGUAACACAGUAAUUAACUAUAUAUUCACCAAGGUACCAUAUAACCUAGCCAAUUCCCAAUGGUGAAACCUACUAAGCUCCCAACUGCAUAUGCUUGACAAUUGUGGUACGGUGAAACCUAGGCUAAACUCUGAUGCCUCAACUACAUAUAAUUGUGGGGUGGCACCGGUUGCCGUGGUUAAUCUCUCAUCAUGGUUUCUCUCUUACCUCUCCCUCCAGGGACCUCCUGAAGCAGUUCACCACCAUGGAGCUGAUGCGUUGGGCCUCCCUGGUGGAGGAUUAUGGGAAGGAGCUGAGGGAGGGCUCCCCCGACAGCCCGGCCACCGACGUAUUCAACUGCUCAGAGGAGGGCGAGAAGAGGUGGAAGGACCUCAAGAAUAGAGUGGUGGAGCACGUAAGUAGUUUAUGGAACUGCUUUCAUCUAUAGAUAUAAUAUCACAGAUUUACUUUAGUGGGAUAGUUCAUUUUAGCAAAGGGUCUGGUGGGAUCACAAAGCUGUCUUUCGUUGGAACAUGGUUGCUGAAAAUGAUCUGGAAACGUCCCUUUCACAUCUAGAAUAAUUUCACAUAAUUGGUAUUUUUGAAUCCAACUAUGUUAUGUUGCUUAUUUUUGUGUUUUUCUUAAUCUCUCCUUAGAAUAUAAGAAUUAUGGCCAAAUAUUACACAAGGAUCACAAUGAAGAGGAUGGCUGGACUCCUGGACCUCUCCAUCGAUGUAAGCACCCCCAAUCUACUCUUUACAUCUGUUGCAUUUUUGGCAGGGAAUGGAAUUCUUACUGUUCCUCAACCCUAAUGAAUGCAGCCUUAAAGGGAUAGUUUUCCCUCCAAAAUAAGGUUGAAACUUCGGUGCUGUGAGAUUAGGAUGUCAGAACCUGCUUAGACAAAGCAAUUGUAACAGUAGAGCAAAGGAAUGGAUGAAAGCGUGUAUUUUUAUUGUAUGUAGUUCUGUCCCUGUGCUGUACUUGUCUACUAAUGUUAUGUAUUAUGUCAUGUUUUGUCUGGACCCCAGGAAGAGUAGCUGCUGCUUUAGCAGUAGGUAAUGGGGAUCCUAAAAAAUACAAAAUACUAGACAUUUUCAUACAUUAAAGGUCAAAUCAAAGGUAGACUCAGAGAUAUGACGUAAUGUACAAAGUAAACCGCAUAGUGUGUCAAUUUCAGCAAUAACUAAGAGCGUUGAAGUGCAAGGCUAAACUUCUUCACUGUUUUGGUCCCGUUGCUACCACGCUGUAACUGCGUGAAGUGAACCCGUGCACAUGCACAGAUAGUGUGUGUGUGACUGUGUGAGAGCGAAGUCUUGCAUCUCGCUCAUUGCAAUAUCUGCGGUGCUCCUCGUGGCAACGUAAUUUUCGCUGAGUCUACCUUUAAAAGUGGUCUACAGUUGAGCUCAAUCCAUAUUCUCAACUUGAUUUUGAAGUGUUAAAAACAGAUAUUUUGGAGUGAUCUAUAGAAGUACUAUAGUACCCUAAAUGAAAUGUGUGAUUAGUUAUUGAUGGUCUUUGAAGACACAGGUUCUAACAUCUCUAACAUCUCUUGCAGGAGUCUGAGGAGUUCCUCUCCAACCUGGUGGUGAACAAGACCAUCUACGCCAAGGUGGACAGGCUAGCCGGCAUCAUCAACUUCCAGAGACCGAAGGACCCCAACGACCUGCUCAACGACUGGUCCCACAAACUGAACUCCCUCAUGUCCCUGGUCAACAAAACCACACAUCUCAUCGCCAAAGAGGAGAUGAUCCACAACCUGCAGUGAUGAGGACCGAGUGCUUUGUUUUCUUGUUUUUUUUCCUUUACUUUUGAGUUUCUCUGAAUUGAUGAAUGAACCGUUAUUCCAAUGUCAACCACCCAAAUUUUUGGAAUAUCAAAUAACACAUCACACCUAGUUCCCUUUUGUUUCUUAUGGUCAGCAAAGUUGAAGCAUUUACAAUGAACAAGUCUUACGGCCAUAUGUUGUUACUAUCUCUCGUCCCACCGAUGGAAUACAAAUUACACUGUUUAGAGUGGUGUCCCAAUUUUAUCUACCACAAUUUGGGCAUGUGCUUUGUUCUAGAACCUAGACCACAGAGGGGCAUACACUGUAAAUGUUUUCCUUCCUGUUCCAACUCUCUUUUUCAUGUAACCGUUAUAAGGGAUUUAGUAUUAGAGCAUUUGCGUGCAACUUGCUGUAUUAAAACAUUUGGUGUAAGUA